CCCAGCACGAGGGAGCCAAGAAACGCCAAACGGCACCCCGGCCGCCGCGCACAAGCCUCGCAAACGUUCUACCGGCAACGAUUUUGCUAGGCGCAAGUCCUUCCGGGUCGCAGCUGACGUCACCGGAAGUGGACGCCGGAGGCGGUUGCUAUGGCGACGGGAGCCGCCAGCUCGGGCAAGAGGAGGAGGAGGACGUGAGGGAUUCGUCUUACCCUUACAAAUGAAGGGAACAAUUAAGAUCCUAUGAGGGAACUUUUUUCUUUUAAAGGUAAAAGGGUGGAAUUGGGGCGUCCACGGUAUAUGUAAGGCGGAAGAAGACUGUCCCUCCGUUGUUUGCGAGGCAACAAGCCGCUCCGUGGCAUCACGUGCGAUGCCAAAAUGCCCCCUAGAACCAGUCGGGAAUAAGAAAUGCGCGCGGAUUGUUGUAGCAACAUGCACGAGGGGCUGUGUGUUCCCUUAUGGGAUUGCUGCUUUGUUUGUAUUUUAUUGUUUAUGAAACGUGUUCUUAUCUUGUAUUUUUAUACAGGGAACUGCCCUGCCCUGAGAUCUACGGAUGAAGGGCGGUAUACAAAUUUAAUAAAAUAAAAUAAUAAAGAUAUCAUUUUUGUCUUUAAAUUGGUCUUGUGAGAAAUUCUGGCUGAGUGCCUCCCCCCCCCCCGCCCCAAAGCACCACAACUGUAGUUUAGCCAUCACUGAGCUGCAGUUCCAGCACCAUUAACAAACUACAGUUCCCAGUAUUUUUUGCGGGGGGGGGGGGUAGGCAUGUCGGCUUUAAAUAUAUGGUGUGUAUACAGCCUCAGCAUGAGAAACUCAUAUGUUGCAAUAAUACCUGAAAUAUUUGGCUUCCUAGAAUCAUAGAGCUGGGGAGACCAAAGAAUCCGCUAGUUCAGCCCUCCAUCACAUGACAGAUGACCAUCCUGCUUAAAAACCUCCAAUGAAAGAGAGUUCACCGCUUUCUGAGGGAGUUCAUUCCACUGUUGAACAGCUCUUACUGUCAUAAUGUUCUUCCUGAUGUUUAGUCGGAAUCAGCGUUCGAAACUCCCAUUGUUCUAGGCGCUUUGUAUUCUUAUUAAAAAGUGUGUCUAGACACUCCAUUGUGGUGCCCCUAACCUAGGUUUAAGGUGCCAUUUAGCUCCUAGCUUUCAUAUCUCAGUUUGUAACACUGGUCAGAAUAUCUGUUCUUGUAACUUGAAUCUAUUGGCUUGAGUCCUACCCUCCAGAGCAGGAGAAAACAAGUUUUCUCAAUCUGUGUGACAACCCUUUAGAUCUUACUUGGUACUAAGCCCCACUGAAGUCUGAAGGGCUGAUUUCUGAGUUUUUAUGUGUUUUUAUUCAUAAGAGAGGCAUAUAAUAAAUUAAUCAAUAUUUAAAAUAGCAUCUCAAACACAGUUCUAAAAAAAAACCCAGAACUGUAACAGCAUCAGCUGCUUUUUGUAAUUUGCCUCCUGUCCACCCAAACCAAAAGCCAUUUGAAAGAGCCAAAGAUUUGCAGCUUUUCAGGUCUGAUAUCAUUAUUCAGGAUGAGAGCAAAUGCUGUAAAAAAUCUGCUUCUACCAACUGAGGUUCCCAUCCCCUUCAAUGAUGGAAUGCAAAGGGUUUUCAAGGUUAAAACCAGCACCAUGAAUAUCUGCUGGAAGCACAUUAGCAACCAGUACCCAGUAAAUAUGCAUAGGACUGGACUGCAUAUAAGGCAAUCAAAUCCUGAAUUCAUUUAAACCAUUACCUGUAACUUCUCAAAGUAUAAUUUUCACUCCCCAUCUUUUUUUCAGUAGUACCUGACAGCACAGUGAAAGGGUAAAAUUUGUUGAUGUUGACCAACGUUUAUUUGAAAAACUACAUUUGGUGUUGGAAUAUGUCUUAGAGCUGUAGUUCUAACCAAUGCAGAAAAUGCAUUUCCCUACCUUUCUUUUAAAGGUGCUGCAAUGGCUGCCCGAGAAAGGACCACACCUGCUGUGGCAAAAGGCUCUGGAUUCUGGCAUGUUCCCAUUGUAACUGAAUAUAGCCAGGAAACACAGAAACUGUUGAAAGGUAAUUAAGGCUGUUAAGCAGAUAUUAGAACAAGACUGAGCUUUCGUAGACCUUGCCCAGCAACUCUGUACCCUGCUUCAUGCACCAGAUCAUUUGGCCAUGCUGCCCUGUAUAAUCUUCUGUGUGAAUGCAUUCCCACGCACAUAGGUCCUUGAGAUUGUAGAUCCACAUUCACUAUCACAGUCUGCAGUCCAUCUAGCACUCAUCGCCCCUCUUUUGCGGCCUGUCUACACCUCGGGCAACAGCAAGUGCAGAUACAGCAAAGUCUCUGCAGUUACAUGAACACUGAAAGGUGCUUUCUACCAGGUCAGAUCAUUGAGUCAUCUCAAUCAGUAUUGUCUGCAAAGAUUGUAUGCCGGGUGAGAAUCUGGGGCUCUCCAGAUGUUACUGAACUCCCACCAUUCCUGUUUAUUGUCACUGCUGGUUGGGCCUGAUGGGAAUUGGAGCCCAACUGCAUCUAGAGGGCCACAGAUGCCCCACCACUGCUCUAUGCUGACUGGCAACUGCUCUGCAGGGUUUCAGGCAGGAGUCUUACCCAGACUGCUUGGACAAACAAGGGGCUGACAUCAUGCAUACUACCACCAUGCUACAGGUUUUCUUUGAGCCAAUAAUAAUAAUAAUAAUAAUAAUAAUAAUAAUAAUUUAUUAUUUAUACCCUGCCCAUCUGACUGGGUUUCCCCAGCCACUCUGGGUGGCUUCCAACAAAGAUUAAAAAUACAAUCCACAUGGCAUGAGUUUUAUUGUAUAAGUGCAAGAAAAUGGACUUGCAUUUCAGAGUUAUCUAAUUUGUGGGCUUCUCACACUUCUGAUUUAGCCCUCUUUAUCCAAGUCUACACUUAAGAGCACAAGCCAAAGAAUAUAUAUUACGUCAUAAUACAAAUAAUUUUUAAUGGUGUUGAAAGUGCAAAUCGGGAUUAUAAAGUAAAGGCCUAGUUUCAGAACCAAUUUCAUAAAUGAUGACUACAGAAACAAACCUACAUCAAGUCCUUUCUUUGCCUAGCAUGUGCCAGGAAGGAUUUCCACACCUGCCAUGAUGUAGUGGAAGCAGCUUUUGGCACACUACCAUAAGCUGCUCAAGCUCCCAACGCAUGGGGACAAGUGCAUGUGUCCCAUUUGCCAUGCUCUGCAGUUAGCUCCAUGUCGGCAAAGAUUGGGUUUCUCUCACUGCUGCUGUCCACUGAAGUUUUAAUGGAAACAGAUUCUAAACUGAUCUGCAAUUUUGUGUUAUAUAAAAAAAAAGCUUCUGUAUAAUGGCCUUUCUGAAUAAUACUUUUUAAAAUGAAAGAUCCAGUACAAACUCAUAAAAGUGUCUCUUUCCUUUGGAUUUCUGUGGUUCAGAAGGUAUUUAAAUAUUUGUAUUCUUUUUCAGAAAUAUGGGGAAAAUCAAUUAUUCCAUUUGGGGGUCUCUUGAAAAGUUCAAAUAGUCAUCACCAUUUCACCCAAGAAUUCCACUUAUUGAGAUCAGUGGGAGCUGAUGGCGAAUCACACAUUUGAAGAUUUAAGUAGUUAUUUUGCUGUAUAUACUUUAACCCCCCCCCCAAAAAAAACACGUUACCUAAGAUCUUUUAAGAAUCUGUAGGACCAUUGCUCUUCCUGUUUAUGUUAAAACUAAUCCUGUGAAGGUGAUGAUGUCCUAGGAAUUUUCAGGACAUGAUAUUUACAGAUAGCUUCUGUUUUUCAGUGAUGAUGCAAGAAUCCAAACUUACGAACUUCCAGCAACGUCAUCUCACAAACUGCAUAAAGCGUGAGUUAUGUCUAAUUUCAGCCUUGCCGUUACACUUAGCAUUGCUGCUGAGUUGUUGGUUGUUACUAGUCCAAAUACGGUUUAGUCACAUUCAUGUUAUCCAUUUACAAACAAACAAAUCAUCCCUUUGGAAAGGAAAUUAGCAUUGACUCAAGCAGCUAAACAGAAUGUAAGUGGAAAUGAGUCAUGGAUGAUUCCCUAACAGAUACUAGUUCUAUCCAGCUGUCUCUGUAGGGACAUAAUAAAGGCUGUUUUAUUGUUCUGGUCACUGCAUAUACUGUAAAACUAGAUUUGGGUAGUUUUUAUUAAAAGCUGAGAAUCAAAAGAUUCUGAACGUUAAAUGUCAUCUACCAUGCUGCACCAUGCAUUUGCAGCCAAACCAACUGCCAGAGCCGCUGCUGAGAGGUUGUGAGUAGAGCACUGUGCAUCUGCUUGGCUGUGUUAGGCCUUUGGUUCAAAUCUGAGCUCUUGAAAUGCUUGGUUUUUACCAGGUAUACCUUUGAAGCCUCAGGGUUACAGUCACUUGCUUCUGUCAGUAAGUCACAAGAUCUACUUCCUUGAUCUUCUGCUCUUGGUCUUUCCUUCCUUAGGAGGUGACUCCCUUCCUGAUAAAUGCAGCCCAACAUCCAGCAAGGAACCAGAGCUUUCCAAGCCUGUCUCACCACCAAAGGCUUUUUUGUCCAUCAGUCCAUAUGGAAGACCUCGUCUCCGGCCUGCUGAGAUGUGCCGGGCAGGCGAUGCAUACAUCCGGGAGAAAUUCAGGCCCCAGGCCACCCGUAAGGAAGCAAAUGAUAACAUUCCCAGGGGACUAAUUUUGAAAUGGGAGUUAAGUAACCCUGACAACAUUUUGCAUUUAUGUAGCACUUCAGAAUGUAAAAUGGAUUUAGCGCUCUUCACAACAGCCCUGUCAGGUCAGCAUUAACAGUCCUUCCGUGUGCAAUGGGUGGGUGUGUUUGUGCUGAAGCGGAUGGAUAAGUGACUUGCCUAGGGCCACCAAUAAGUUAAUGGUUGAGGGCAGGAUUUGAACUGGGAAAUUCCUGGCUUCCAGCUCCUAGCCACUGCAGUGCAGUAGCUCACAAGUUUUCUUUGCAGUAACGUUUAUGAAAGUUCCCGUUUGUGAAAGCUCAGCAGAAUUUUUAGACCACACACUGAAAUUUUCCAGGUGUUAAACCAGUUUUCACACCUCUCCUCUGAAAAGCUUAAUAGAAUCUAGUUUCCAUUACUAAGGCUACAAGCCUUAUGCAUGUUUACCUGGGAGCAAGUCCUGUUGAACAUAGUGGGACUUACUGCCAAGUAAAUAUGAAUAGGAUUGUGUUGCAACCUCUGCCCUCCUCUUACCAGUUUUGGUGCCUGCCAUACCUUGCUGUGUUCAGGUUGUUUCACAUUACCAUUGCUGAUUGAUUUGUGUCAGAACUUCUACCCAAAAUAUUUGUCAUUUUCAUGAUGCAUGGCCUCUGCAGCCUACAGUCUGUGGUGCCUGAUUUUGAUAAGUCUCCUAUGCAGACACCUUUGUAGGAGCUCUGAAUAUCUAGCACAGAAACUGCCUGAAGAGCUUGCAAUAGAAGAAAGCACUUCUCCCACAUGUUGUACAUCAUUUGCUUGCUUUGGCAUUUGUAGGAGACCUGGAGAAGGAGAAGGAAAGACUCCAAAACAUUUUUGCAACAGGAAAGGACAAAGUUGAAAAAAAGCCGAAGAAAGAGCCAGUCAAGGUAGAAGAGAAGGUCCCAGAACCAGACCGGUUUGAAGAAUGUAUGUACAAUGGAUUGCCUUGGUUGAAAGCAGUGAUCUGAUGCUCUAUGUAUGGUAGGGAGGCUGCUCUCCUAUUCUGAAGCAUAGGAACUGGUCAGAGGAAAGUAAGGGUUGUAUUCUUGGGUUCAGGGAGAGCCCUAAGUAAAGAAAUCUCUCUUAUUGUGUCUUGUCAAAGAAGGUUACCUCACUAAGUAGGAACUAUAGAGUGCAGGACAAAUUCCACCCUAUAAACAUGGUCAGUAGUGCCCUCUGUUCCCUGUGAUGGCACUACAGCAGUCUGAUACAAGAUUAAUACAUAUUUAAGAUGGGUAUAAUGAGUUACAAGGGCUAGUUUCGUGUCUGAGCACAUACAGUGCAGACCUGACUCAGUAAAGCUGUCCAAAUAUACAAGCAGACUAGGCAGGCAGCCUAGUUUUCCUAGUUAAAUGAACUCCUGCCACAAUAGAAACAGCACACGUAUUGUGGGCUUGUGUCCUCUGUGUAAAGUGAAUUCACACUGCAGACUCCCAUUAGUUUAGGAGCCCCAGAGGUGCAUCCCAUUUGCAUGGGAACGCCUUCACAGUGCCAGUGACAGCGGGGGCAUCAAAAACCUUGAGUUGAGCUCAUUCUGAAAAGCAUCUGCCAAUGGUGCAGGGGAAUAUUCUCAUAUUUGAUUUGGAAAACAUGCUGAGUAGGUGAUAUAUAUACAUGCAAGUUGGGAAAGCUAUGCAUAUUUUCCUCCGCAUUCAAAUAUGUUGAUUGGUGGUGAUCAGGCAAAAGUCAUUUCAUAAACAGGGCUGUACAUUGCUCUGAUGAUUGGUGAGAGGACGGUAUAAAAUUAAAUACUUUUAUAAAUAAAAAUAAAAGGAAACAAAAUGUUAUUUUAAAUUUUUAGAACAGUAUGUUUACAAUAUUUGUAAUUGUAUACCAUUUUUUUAGUAAUUGUUUUAUACCAUUUUUUAAUAGGAUUGUAUUUUUAAUGUAUAUUAAGGCACCCCUGUGUGGUGUAUCAAAACUAGAAGGGCAGAAUAUUAAUGCUCUGAUGAAAGAUUCCUGCUGGAUCAGCGUAAGGGCCAUCCAAUCUAACGUUCUGGCAAGCAACUGCUGGCUUGUACUUGUUGCCCUCCAACCACAGCAAAUAGACUUAUAUGCUCGGCUCCUCUGAAUUUGGAAUUCCCAUUUAGUUAUUAUAGCUCAGCCUUCGCCAAGUGAGUAGUCCAAAACAUCUGGAGGGCACCACACCCAUCUUCCCUGGCCCUUGAGCCAUGCUGCCUGGGGUUGAUGUAUAUUGGAUGCCAGCAAGUUGAUAUCCAUAAAUUUGCUCUGACCGCCACUUUUAUAUUGCAAGCAAAUUCGAUAAAUUAAUUAGGCACUGUGGGAAGACUUCCUUUUCAUACACGUAAAUAAACCAAUUCAGUCAUCAAGCUUUCUUUCCGAGAGAGCAAUGGUCCUUUCCAAGUUUAAAGAGCAUACUAAAAAUGAAUACAAUAUGUGUAGUAAUUAGGAAAUUGGAUGAGUCAGAGUUCCGGGAGUACUUAUGUGUUCCUGCCUUCAGGCUCCGUCAUUCCAUUGUUUCAUUUUCUCUCUCCCCCCCCCCCCAAUAAAAUACUCAGUGGUUAAUGAAGUUCAAGAUAGAAAGAGGUUUCUGGAAGAAAUGGAGGCCCUGGGACAAGGCAAAUUGUACCGAGGGAUCAUCCUCACUGAAAUAUCACAGGUAUGUGGCCUCUUCUGGUUUGGACAUUCUGUCAUGUAUAGUACUGAGCGUUACUGUUCUAGUCUGAUAACUGGCCAUAAUGUAUUUUGAGAAGGUGGGGAAAGAUUGACCGCCAGGUAUAUGAAAGACAUGAAGAGCCUUAAAAAAUAUGCUACAGGUGUGGGAGUAAAUCUCUGGCACUUGUUGCAUGUAAUUUUGUGAUGAAAGUGUCUGGAAUUCUCACUGCCUCCCCUUCCCCUGCUUUUUGCAGAAGGUUCGAGAGAUGGAGAUCAUCGACAAACAGAGAAGUGCAGAACUGAAAGAGGCGAUGGCUAAAUCCUUCAAUAUAGGCAACAAACCUGACCCUGAAUGCACAAGUCAAGAAGACCAGUAGUCCUUUCCCACUCCAGAACAUGAUUAUUGCACAAGGGUGCCAGAACUAGACUUUCCACAAGAGUUUCAGAAAUGGCUCUUAGCCCAUAAGUGGCAAAUGGAAGUUUCAGUGCCCCCAGGGGCUUUGUUUUUGCAGGAACUCAAAACAUUCUAUUUUCAUAGCCUUUAACAGCAAGAGGCCUUUUUGAGGGUGUGGUUUAAAAGUAGCCAUAGGAUUAAUGCCUGGCUACAGUAAAGGGCAUGAAUGGGCAUUUCCUCUUUAAACAGACCAGCAAGGGGUAGAACUUCCACACACCUAUCUAGUCUCAAUGUGAAACAUAACAGUAUGCAGUUUUCUAGAAGGUUGUGCUUCUGCUUCUUAAAAUCACAACAGCCUAUUAUAGGAAGUGUUUGGGUCAAAAGCUUCUGUCUAAACUCAUAUCCUUUACUUUUCACACGUUUUCCGGUGAAAGCUGAAAGUCUCUUACAAUCUUGUGUACAAUUAUACCUGACAAAUAAUGUUGCCUGCUGCUUCAGAGCUAGUAAGAACACUGUGAGGACUUGUUUUUAAUUUUAUGGCUACCUCAGUGAGAUUGGGAGCAUGUAGGAACAUGUCAGGACCAACCUAGAUAUAACAGAGGGCACCCAUGUUUGUUUAGUCACAGGCCUACCCCAUUCAUGACUAAAGCUGGGGCCAAGGAGGACUGAUAUCUUAUUUGCUUUAACUCACUGUGCUCUGUCACUUGAAACAUUUUCUGGCUGUUUAGCUCAUGGUUUGUAUUGGAACCCGGGCAAAUGCCUGAAGUGACAAGAGUGGAAAGAGGUAAAUUGGGGAGAGAGGAGGCAACCAGCUCCCCUUACCUCUUAUUGUAAAAAGAACACCCACUCCAGUUUAGUUGUGGGGCAGAAGUGUGAAUACAAAAUACAGCUGCCCCCUCAAGGCUAGUUUACCCCUCAUAUACUCUUCUCAGAUUAUUAUUAUUUUUAAAAACAAGACUGGUAUGAAAUAUAUACCUGAGACUUCUCUGUUUUAUAUGCCCUGGGACUACCUUUAUAAGAGAGGGUCUGUUUUGUUUCUACUGUGAUUCAAAACGGAGAAAUAAACACCAACACUGUUGCUAAAUACA